AUGAGUUUCCCAAAUUUGGCAACAUUAUAUAUCAACAGGUGUCCUGAGAUGAGGAGAUUUUCAGAUGGGAUCGUAACUACCUUAUUGAAGACAAUUUGGGUUGAUGGUAAACACGAAAUACUAGAGACAGAUGUUAAUACAACCUUGGCAAAACUUGUUGAGAAAGUUGAUAAUAAUUCUGAUUUGAGAAAAUUAAGCAAUGAAUCUGCAUCUGUAUGCAAGCUUUGCUUUUACUUCACUCGGUCUUACUCACAUUACAUAAGACAUAACUUGUUUCUCUUUGAUUAUCAGAAAGAAAGAAAGAAGGGAAUUGUGUCUCUACUUACCAUGGAAUUUGUUAUUUCAAUUGGAGCCAAAAUAGCCGAGUAUACAGUUGCACCACUCGGACGGCAGUUGGGUUAUCUGUUUCGCUACACAACCAACGUAACUGAACUCCGGACUCAAUUGGAAGAUUUGAACAAUGCCACUCAAAGAAUGAAACGCCGUAUAAUUGAAGCCUUGAAUAACUGUCAUGAAAUCGAGGCUGAUGUCCAAACAUGGCAGAAGAACGCUGAACAAAUCUCUGGAGAGGCCACCACUUUUCUUAACCCCCAAACUCAUGCAAAGGCCUUGUGCUCUUGUGGAUCCCCUCAUCAUUUGGUGACGCGACACCGACUCAGUAGGAAAGCAAACAAGAUGUCAGUCAAUGUACGUGCAGUGGUCUUGAAGAAUAAAGAAUUUGAUUCCAUGCCAAUAUCCUAUCCUCAACAGCCAGAAGGUUCCUCUGCAACACCAGCGAAAGGGUAUGAGAGUUUUGAUUCGAGGAGCAAAAUUCUGAAGAUCAUAAUGGCAGCUGUGGGAGAUGCUGCUAAUAGGAGGAGCAACAGCAACAGAAUAGGGUUGUACGGAAUGGGUGGGAUUGGCAAAACUAUGCUUGCCAAAGAGAUUGCCAGACUAGCUGAGGAAGAGAAGUUGUUUAGUAAGGUGGUCAUGACAACUGUUUCUCAAACACCAAAUAUAAAAGAGAUUCAACAACAUAUUGCCGAAAAGCUUGGUUUAAAGUUGGACGAGAAAGACAGUACGGGUAAGAGAGCAGAACUACUUCGAAUGCGAAUGAAGCAAGACGAAAGCAAGAUUUUAUUAAUCCUUGAUGAUAUUUGGAAUGAACUUGAUCUAGAAGCAAUCGGGAUCCACGAAGAGUGCAGGAUGGUUAUAACCUCUAGAGAUCAACAAGUUUUACGCAACUUCAUGGGUGUGGCGGAGAGUAAUGUGUUCUUAAUUGGAGCUUUAGAGUCGAGUGAAGCCAUCAAUUUGUUCAUGAAAAUCAUUGGAGACACUAAAAUAGAUUACAUUAAUGAUUUGGCACUUGAGAUUGUUAAUGAAUGUGGAGGCCUGCCAAUUGCCAUUGCAACAGUGGCACAUGCUUUGAAAUACAGAAAGGAGGAGGCCAUAUGGAAGGAUGCAUUGCGACGACUAAAGAGUUCAAAUGUGGAAAAAAAAGUCUACUCCAGCAUUAAGUUGAGUUACGAUUUUCUCGGAAGUCAUGAGGAGGAGGCGAAACCAUUGUUAUUGCUUUGUGCUUUAGUUUGCACGAUGGGUGACCUUCAAGUGGUCGGCGGAAUUAAGAAACUUAACAACCAAAAUUACAACACGUGGUCGAUGCACAUGGAGGCAUAUCUCCAAGGCCAAGACUUAUGGGAGAUCGUUGGUGGCAAUGAAGUCACACAACCAGAGGAUGCAUCCGCUUUAAAGAAAUGGAAGAUUAAAGCGGGCAAAGCCAUGUUUGCGAUUCGGACCACAGUCGAAGAUGAGAUGUUGGAGCACAUCAGGCCGGCGAAGACACCGAAGGAAGCAUGGGAUACUUUUGCAUCGCUGUUCACCAAGAAGAAUGAUACAAGAUUGCAGCUUCUGGAGAAUGAGCUUCUCUCAAUCAGGCAGCGCGACAUGACGAUCAACCAAUACUUCACCAAGGUAAAAUCUCUUUGUCGCGAAAUCUCUGCAUUAGACUCUGGUGCUGGCAUGUCAGAUGCUAGAAUUAGAAGAAUUAUUAUUCAUGGAUUAAGGCCAGAAUAUAGAACUUUUAUUGCUGCAAUACAAGGUUGGCCAAGCCAACCUUCUCUUGUUGAGUUAGAAAACUUGCUAGCUGACCAAGAAGCGUUAGCUAAGCAAACGUCUGGAGUCUCAUUAAAGAGUGACGAAGAAGCACUCUUUAGUAGAGAUAAGAAAGGACGACCCCGACCAAAUACUAGUAGAAAUACUAGAAAACAUGAUGACAAGGAUAGUCAUCAUGGGAGCUCCCAAACAGGGGGAGCUCAGAAUAAAGACAAACGGGAUGGUCAAUCAAAGAACAACAAUAAAUUUGAUGGAAAAUGCUACAACUGUGGCAAGUAUGGCCACAUGGCUAAAAGUUGUUGGUUCAAGAAGAAAACUGCAGAAGGCAAUGCAGCCACAUCAAAUGCAGAAAGAACAAGCGAUGAAGAAUGGGACGCAGAAGCAUCAUUCGCAGUGGAGGAAGAAGAAUUAGCUUUGACAGCUUCUGUUCCAGGAAAGAUCGACUACAAUAACGAUUGGAUAGUCGACUCUGGCUGCUCAAAUCAUAUGACAGGAGAUGAAGAGAAGCUGCAAGAUAUGACAGAAUAUAAAGGUGGUCGCGUUGUGGUGACAGCCAACAACUCAAGAUUACCGAUCGCGCACAUCGGUAAAACAACAAUCAUCCCGAGAUUCAGCCCAAAAGAAGUUUCACUCCAGGAUGUCUACCAUGUACCUGGGAUGAAGAAAAACUUGCUAUCAGUGGCGCAACUUACGGCGACAGGUCACCAUGUCGUAUUCGGUCCUCAAGAUGUCAAGAUCUACCAAGAUCUUGAAAUCUCUGGAACACCGAUGAUGAGAGGACGACGCUUAGAGUCUGUCUAUGUAAUGUCAGCAGAGUCCGCUUAUGUAGACAAGACUCGGAAGAAUGAAACAACAGAUUUGUGGCAUGCAAGGCUAGGACAUGUCAGUUAUCAUAAACUCAAGGUGAUGAUGAAGAAGUCUAUGCUGAAAGGUCUUCCUCAACUUGAGGUCAGAACAGAGACUAUAUGUGCUGGCUGCCAAUACGGUAAGGCGCAUCAAUUACCGUAUGAAGAUUCAAAGUUCAAAGCUAAAGCACCAUUGGAGCUGGUCCAUUCUGACGUGUUUGGGCGAGUCAAACAACCAUCAAUCAGCGGCAUGCGGUACAUGGUUACAUUCAUCGACGACUUCUCAAGGUACGUAUGGGUUUUCUUUAUGAAAGAAAAAUCCGAAACUUUUUCAAAAUUUAAAGAGUUUAAAGAAAUAGUAGAAGGAGAAGUCGGCAAGAAAAUCCAAUGCCUCCGAACAGACAACGGUGGCGAAUAUACCUCAGAUGAAUUUUCUGAGUAUCUUCGAGAAUGCCGCAUACGCCAUCAAUUCACAUGUGCAAAUACGCCACAACAAAAUGGAGUAGCCGAGAGGAAGAAUCGCCAUCUUGCAGAAACAUGUCGAAGCAUGCUACAUGCAAAGAAUGUUCCAGGGAGAUUUUGGGCUGAAGGUAUGAAGACAGCUGCUCAUGUAAUCAAUAAGCUUCCCCAGGCUAAGUUAGGGUUCGUUUCACCCUUUGAAAAACUGUGGGGUUGUAAACCUGCAGUAAAUCACUUUCGAGUAUUUGGUUGUGUGUGCUACGUAUUCGUGCCAAGCCACCUACGUAGCAAAUUCGACAAGAAGGCGAUACGAUGUAUCUUUGUGGGAUACGAUAGCCAACGGAAAGGGUGGAGAUGUUGCGACCCUACAACUGGAAAGUGUUAUACAUCAAGGAAUGUGGUCUUUGAUGAGACAUCAUCAUGGUGGUCAUCGCAAAAGGAAGCAUUACCAGAUUCUAUAGAAAUGGAAGAUGAAUUACAGAAGAAAAUGGGGGAGCAAAUUGUUGAGUUACCUACAACUCAAGAUACAGAUGAAGAAGAAAACACCGAGGAUGAGGCACCUCAGAAUCCAUGGCAAACGGGGGUGCAUCAAAGAGAAGGAGAUGAUGAUAGUCAACCAGAACUUCGGAGAUCAACAAGAGCACGAAAGCCAAAUCCGAAAUAUGCUAAUGCGGCUGUAGCUGAAGAAGAAAAGUUCAGAGAACCAGAGUCAUAUGAAGAGGCAUACCAAAACUCCAAUGUGUAUUGUGGUCAAGUUAAAGUGUUCAAGUCUUGGUGUAAUUGCUUUUACAAUAAUAAAGUAAUUACGUUUUUCACGUGUUGUGGUGUCCAACAUGCUUUACAUAAGGAAGAUGUGGAAAUAGAGGUGGAAGACUUAAUCAGAUACAGCAUGGGUUGGCGCAUGCUUCGAGGCGUCUACACAGUGAAAGAUACAAGAAACAGGGUUAAUUCAUUGGUUGAUUCACUGAAAUCUCAUUGUCUUUUGUUGGAUGGUAGGAGUAAAAGUAGAGUGAAGAUGCAUGAUGUCAUUCGGGAUGUAUGCAUAGUAAUUGCGAAGGAAGAGCAUGGGCAUAGGAUGAUGAAUAAUAUUACUAGUGCUGCUAUGUAUGAAGAAUUUGUAUUCCAUGAAAGACAUAAAGCAUCUAAAGCAAUUUCUUUUCUUGACUAUGAUGAUUAUUACAAUCUUCCUCAAAAAUUGGAUUGUCCUAUGCUAGAAUUACUUCUUCUAUCUAGUGGGUCUUAUUUGGAAUCAAUUCCGAAUGACUUUUUUGAACAAACAGUGCAGCUUAAAGUUUUGGGUAUGAAUGGUACAUGCCUGGGAUCAUUACCUUCGUCUUUUUCUUCUCUUCAAAAUCUUCAAACAUUAUGUCUUCGUUAUUCUUCUCUGGAAGACAUAGCAGUGAUUGGUGAGUUAAAAAACUUAAAAGCUCUUGAUCUAUCCAUGUCCUAUUCCAUUACGCGACUGCCAAAAGAACUAGGAAACUUGCAGCGUUUGCAAGUGCUGGAUCUACGAGGCUGUCAUAAUAUGAAAGUCGUCGAGGCGAAUGUCAUUUCAAAUUUGACACAAAUGGAAGAGCUCUAUCUUCCUCGUACAUUUAAAGGAUGGGAUGGAAUUAUUAAUGAAGAAGGAGAAAUAAGAAAUGCUAGUGUUAUGGAGAUAAAGAGUUUGCAACGGCUGACAACUUUAGAAUUAUAUGUACCAAGUGAACAUGUUUUGGCACAGGGUUUGUUUACUGACAAAUUGGAGAGAUACCAAAUAUGUAUUGGAGUUGAACAUUUCUCUUUUUCCAGAGAUGAAGUUUCAAGAAAGUGGUUGGGCCUAAGCCUCUCUCAAUUGGAUCAAGUGUAUGCACGUGAACUGGUAUCCUUGAUGAGAAGGUCUGAAUGUUUGUCAUUAGCUGGAUCAAUGUCUAUCAACAAUGGUGAUCCGUCUUUGGUUAAUGAAGGUUUUCCUCGAUUAAAGCAUUUGGAAUUUGAUGAUAAUGAUGGGGUCCAAUGUAUCAUUAAUUCGACUGAGGUAGCCUUUCCGUGUUUGGAGUCACUCAGACUUGGAGAUUUAAGAAGCUUGGAAAGCAUUAUAUGUCAUGCCAAUAAACUCCCAAGAGGCUCCUUCAAUGGAUUGAGAAAGGUGGAUGUGAGUGAUUGUGAUAGAUUAAAGAAUUUGUUCCCUUUGUGUGUAGCCAAACUACUUCAUCAAAUUACAGUAAGAUACUGUGAGACGAUGGAAGAGAUCAUAGUGAUCAGAGAAGAUGAUGAUCAGUCGACUUCUUCUUUGCAAUUACGCUGCUUGCAUUUAGAGUCUUUACCAAAGUUGGUCCAAUUCUAUUGCUCCAACCACAGGCCAGCUGAGGAGUCAGAUCAUUCAAAGCCUUUAUUCAGUGAAACAGUUUCUUUUCCUAACUUGGAAGAUUUGAUAAUGAAGGGAAUGAACAUAGAAAUGUUAUGGCCACAACAACUUAUGUUAUCAUCAACAUCAAGUUUUUACAUGCAAAACUUAACAAGCUUAAAAGUAGAAGAGUGCAAUAAUUUAAAGUACCUAUUCUUUUUCUCUCUUGCUCAAAAGUUUGUAAACUUAAAGAGUAUAAAAGUCGAAGAUUGUGAGGCAAUGGAAGACAUAAUAAGAGUAGUGGAUCAACCUGGAGAAACUCACAAUGAUCAUGAUCAGAUGGAAAGGAUUGAUUUGUUCCCUAAAUUAGAAUCUAUUGAGCUUCAUGGCCUUUCAUCCAUCCAAAGAUUUUGUAGUGCGACAGAUUCAUCACCGUGUAUGGUAUUUCCACUCCUAUCACAGCUACUAAUAAAAGAUUGUCCAAAAUUGAAGACAUUAGUUAGGUCACCCACUGCUACUAUACCAACACAACCUCUCUUCAAUGAAAAGGUUUCUUUUCCUAAGAUGGAGCAAUUGAUUGUGGAGAAAAUGAAUACAGAAAAGUUAUGGCCAGAACCACUUAUGGUACCAUCAAGUUGUUGCUUUCAAAACUUGAUACGCUUAAACGUGGGAAUGUGCAAUAAUAUAAGGUAUCUAUUCUCUUCCUCUCUUGCUCAAGAGUUUGUAAACCUCAAGAAAAUAAAAGUCGAAAAGUGUGAGGCAAUGGAAGACAUAAUAAGAGUAGUGGGUCAACCUGGAGAAGAAGAAAGUAGUUAUGAUCAGAUGAAAAGGAUUGAUUUGUUCCCUAAAUUAGAAUCUGUUGAGCUUAAUGACCUUUCAUCCCUCCAAAGAUUUUGUAGUACAACAGAUUCGUCAUUAUGUAAGGUUUCUUUUCCCAACUUGGAGGAUUUGACUAUAAAGGAAAUGGACAUAGAAAUGUUAUGGGCACAACAACUCAUGGUGUCAUCAUCAUCAUCAAGUUCUUUCAUGCAAAACUUAACAAAGUUAAAAGUGAGAGGGUGCAAUAAUAUGAAGUAUUUAUUCUCUUCCUCUCUUGCUCGAAACUUUGGAAGCUUAAAGAGUAUACGAGUUGAAGAUUGUGAGGCAAUGGAAGAUAUAAUAAGAGUAAUGGAUCAACCUGGAGAAGAAGAAAGUACUGAUCAUGAUCAUCAUCAGAUGAAAAGGAUUGAUUUGCUUCCUAAAUUAGAAUCUCUUGGGCUUUAUAACCUUUUAUCCCUCCAAAGAUUUUGUAGUGCUGAAAAGUAUUAUUUUAUGUUUCAGAUUGCAUUUCCCAACUUAAAAGAGUUGGCUGUUUCGCAAUGUAACAAUUUGAAGUCUCUGUUAUCAUCUGCCAUGGCUCGAAAUCUUGUACAACUUGAGAAAUUAAGUAUAUAUGGAUGUGAGAAGAUGGAAGAGGUGAUAGUGAGUGAUGAGGAAUAUUCAUCAUCAUCAUCAUCAUCAUCAUCAGGUGGCAACAAUAUUAAAGCAAUAAUACCAUUUGAAAAACUUAAAUCUCUUAAGCUUAGUAAUCUUCCAAACCUUAUAAGGUUUUGUGAUUUAGGAGAUUAUUGCAUUGAAUGUCCAUUGUUGUUUGAAUUGGAAAUCAUGAAUUGUCCUAAAAUGAAGGAAUUAUUUAUGGGUGAUAAAAAGACAUCAUCAUCAUCAUCAUGUAGUACUACUACUGACAAUAUUAUUGGUGAAGAAAUGGAUAGGAUGGAAUCCACUUCUACUACACAAAGUCUGUUCAAACACAAUAAUAAGGUAAUUGUCCCCAUGCUAAAGACAUUAAAUACAGAUUGGAGUGAAGUUAUUAAGGAGAUAUUUGAGAUGAGUAGUUAUAGUGAUUCAAUAAUAUUGUUUCCUAACCUUCAUAAACUUACGUUGAUCUGCAAAUCUCGUGAUGAACUAAUUGGUGUACCAAAUUUGACAUUCUUCCUUCACAAAUAUCACACAAUUCGUAGGCUUGAAUUGAGUGGCUCCUUUGUGAAUUCAAGUAGUAAUGAUGAUGAUGAUGAUGAUGAAUUGACCAACAACACUACUACUACUCACCUUACAUCUACACCUUCUUCUUUGGAGGAACUACUCAUUAAAGAUGUUGAUAUGGUUGAUGAUGUAUUUGGGGUGGAACCAUCAUCAUCACAUAAUAAUACUAUUGUUCUCUUAUUUCCAAAUUUAAAAUAUGUGAGAUUUCUAGCAUGUAGGAGACUACAGAGCUUUGCACCCUCCUUUAUGUCUUUCCCCAACUUAGAAACUCUGAUAGUAGGGAGAUGCGAUGGGCUGAGGUAUUUAUUGUCUUCCUCAACAGCAGCCACUCUUGUACAAUUGCAACGAAUGGAAAUAACAGAUUGUGAUGAAAUGAAGGAAAUUAUUAUUGAUCAUAAUGGUAAUGAAGAAGAAGAAGACAACAAGAGUAGUACUCAUGAUCAUCACUUCCUAAUUGUUUUCCAGAAUUUGAACCACCUAAAUUUUGACAGUUUGCCCAGUCUCCAAAGCUUCUAUUCAGGAAAUAAAGUUACAAUGAGUUUCCCAAAUUUGGCAGCAUUCUAUAUCAACAAGUGUCCUGAGAUGAGGAGAUUUUCAGAUGGGAUCGUAACUACCUUGUUGAAGACAAUUUGGGUUGAUCAUGGUAAGCAAGAAAUACUAGAGACAGAUGUUAAUACAACCUUGGCAAAACUUGUUGAGAAAGUUGAUAAUGACCCUGAUUUGAGAUCAUAA